ACUAUCAAAGUACAUAAAUUGGAGAAGAAUUUUGUUUGUUUAGAUUUUCUAAAUUAGGUCGUUUCUUCUUGAAAUAAAAUAAAACAAUGAUUAUAUUUUUGAGCGAGUUGCAAAAGGAACAUCUUAGCUUACUGAACCAGCACUCUGUCCAAGUUCUAAUAGAUUUCUGUAAGCUAGCAUUGGACUUUUUGAAUAAUGGAGCCAAUCAGAAGAAAUAUAGUAUCGCUGCAGAAAAACUGGAUGUUUCAUUAACUGCAGUACAAAAUCUGGUCCAUGCGUUAGUGUACCUUAUAGUGGAAGCAUGUAGAUUAAAUCUGACAGAUGCGGACUUGAAGUCGUCUUUGGCUAUAGCGGGCUUCUCUGUUGAGCAACAGGAGGUUUUAGUAAAGUUGUACAACACUAAGAAGGCAGAACUGUCUGAUGCAUUGAACCUUCUGCAGCAGAAGGAUCCCUCAUACCAGGAUCUUUCAUGGAGAUUUGAAAUUCAGGUAGCCUCAAAAAAUUGUGAACAAGAAAUAAAACCAAUGAUAGCUAUGGAUUUUAUGACUAUGAAGCCUAAAAAUUUUGGUCAGUUUGGGGACCAUAAAGAAAGGAUAGAGUAUGAGAAAGGACAUGAAAAGAGUUUGAAUAACAAACAAAUAAAUUCAAGUAUACAAGAUGCUAAGGCAGCCAGUCACUGCCAGAAUGCAGUCAACCAUAUUCUGCUACAAUGUGACCUACCCAAUUUACUGCAUUUAACCAACAAGUUAGAGCAAGCUUUGAAGGAGUCUAAAAGUCAACAUGUACGAAAAGUACAGAGAUCUAUUUAGACUUUGUUAUUGUAUAUUAUAAUAUUUUUAUUGCCAUUUUAAAAUUUUAUUAAAGGAUAUUGUGAGAUUAUAAUAUUUGCGUUUUACUUUGAAGUCACUAGAUGGCGCUACGAUUCUCUUAUAAGGUUUAUUUUGCAGUAAAUAUUCGUCGAUGUUCACGGCAAGUCAGCACCCUUCCGAUGAACAUU